AUGUUGACUAGAAGAGAAAAUCUGUUGAUUAGACCAUGGCAGGAGAGGAGGUACAUUCACCAUAGACACAAAGUAGAGACGGCCCUACCUGCAAUUGAUGUCCGGCCACCGGCACAGCGACAUCAUGUCACCUGCAAACUUAAAAAGCUUCAAAAGGAAGCGGAGAGAUGUGAACGAAUCCACCAUGACAACUUUACUCUCUUGCAACACCUGAGCGGAAUCAUGAAGACAAACCGUCUUGACAACUACUGGGUCGAGGCUCCUCCAAAUUUCCUCCAUCGAGUAGGAAUAUAUCACGUAAAAGAUCAUAAGGAACAGCAGAGGCAGGAUUUGGAGGAGGCUAUAAGAAGUCUUCAGACAAGAAAAGAAAAAUGCCUGGGCUGCAACCCUAGUCAUCUGCCAGCUCAGAUACACAUCCCAGAAGAUAGAGUACCAUGGGAGGCACCGAAGAAAAGGCUGUCUCGAAGAAGCUCAUCCUUCAUGGAAGAUUUAGACUCUACCCAUACUAAGGCAAGUACAAAGAAAUCUUCAAGUGAGUCACUAGCCAAGCUUAAUACAACUCCAAAGAGUUCACCAAGUACCACAGAAUUAUCUCGGCCGAGUACUGGACAAACGACCAGUCAGAGGUUCCCAAUGGUGGAGACACACAGCGUAGUGUUGAAGCACGGAGCUCUGCGGCUAGUAGUCAACUUCCCUCCGCAGACGACAGUCAAACUUCGCACAGGCCAGACAGAGCGACUACUGCAAUCUGAGUUCUGUCAAUGCUCUCGUCCUCAAGACAAAACCACACCUACGCCCGUCUCCGAAUAACUGUGCUUAGUUUUUUUUAUAUUUUUGUAAUACUUUGCCACUCUAUGAUUUAAAGAAGAGAAAGUCUGAAAUGCCGAGUUAUUUUGCUCUAACUGCAACAACAUUAUUUUCACGAGU